AAGAGAGAUGUAUGGGUUACUGUGCGAGAGCCUGCACGACUUCAUCAAGGAGUCGUAUGGGGACGACGUGUGGAAGCUGGUGCGGGAGCGCGCGGACGUCAGGCUCCACUCCUUCGUCACCCACCAGGUGUACAGUGAGAGUGUGAUCCCCAGGAUUGCCAAGGCCGCCAGCGGGGUGACGGGAACCCCCUACAAUGAGCUCAUGAACUCUUGGGGCGUCUACUUCCUGGGCUUUGUGGGGAAGUACGGCUACGACAGAAUCCUCAAGGUGUUGGGUCGGCAUGUGCGUGACUUUGUGAACGGGCUGGACAACCUGCAUGAGUACCUGAGGUUCAGCUACCCCAAAGUGCAGCCCCCCACCUUCUUCUGCCAGGAGGAGUCCGCCACCGGAGUCACUCUCCACUACAGGAGUAAGAGGAAGGGCUACCUGCACUACGCCAUGGGCCAGCUGAGGCAGAUGGGGAAGCAGUUCUACGACACGGACAUCCACGUGGAGGUGCUGUCGGAGCAGCUGGUUGGAGACUACUCCCACGUCACCAUGAGGUUGAACUUUGAUAACUCUGCCUACCGCUACAUUAUGAAGGAGGAUGAGGAGGAGCAGGAGAUUUUACCCAUCACUAGCGACUUCUUUUUUGAAGUGUUCCCUUUCAACAUUGUGUUCAGACAGGACAUGGUGGUGCACAAUGUGGGCUCUGGUCUGGCCACAGUCUUCCCCGACCUGGAUGGAAAGAAGAUCAACGAUGCCUUCCUGCUAGCACGCCCCCUGGUGGAGUUCACCUGGAACAUGAUAAUCUCGCACCCAAACAACCUGUUUGAGAUCAUGUCCAAGGAACCGGUGAAGAGAGAGAGGAACCUCCACAACCGAGUUCAAAAUUCAGACUAUGAGAAUGCCAACCGCACAGCUGAUGUGGACGUAGAGCUGAUGGCCUUCCAGUCCAUCAUCGGCGACGACUACAAAGAUGGGAACAGUGCGAAUGCCAUGGAGAGCUGGGGCGAUGGCAGCCGCUGCCUGAAGCUGAAGGGCCAGAUGAGAUACAUGCCCGAGUGGGAGUCCAUCAUCUUCCUGGGAACGCCUGUGAUGGAGAGCCUGAGUGCCAUGUUUAAGACAGGUCUCUAUAUUAACGACUUGAGCAUGCACGACUCCAGCAGAGAUCUGGUGUUGGCAGGCACGCAGCAGUCCGAAGAACUCAAACGAGCUCUCAUCCAGGAGCAGAAGAAGUCCAGUAAGCUGGAGGAGAGCAUGAAGAUGCUGGACUACGAGAUGAAGAAGACAGACGACCUGCUCUACAGGAUGAUCCCCAAGCCUGUGGCCAAGAGGCUGCGGAAGGGGGAACCUGCCGUCAACACAUGCGAGGUGUUCCCCGACGUGACCAUCCUGUUUAGCGACGUGGUGGGCUUCACCCGCAUCUGCAGCCACAUCACCCCCAUGCAGGUGGUCUCCAUGCUCAACACCAUGUACACGCUCUUCGACACGCUCAGCGAGAAGCACCGCGUCUUCAAGGUGGAGACUAUUGGCGAUGCGUACAUGGUAGUGGCUGGGGCCCCAGAGAAGACCAAGUAUCAUGCCCAUAACAUCUGCGACAUGGCGCUGGACAUGGUGCGCUCCAUUGACCACCUGAAAGACCCAUCCAACGGAAACAACAUACAGAUCAGAGUGGGGAUCCACUCCGGGAUGGUGGUGGCUGGGGUGGUGGGCCACAAGAUGCCUCGAUAUGGUCUCCAUGGUGAUACCGUACACACAGCCUCUGCCAUGGAGAGCAACGGAAAGGAGAUGCACAUCCAGCUCAGUAGCGCCACCUAUGAGCACCUGAAGGGCAGCCACUUUAUCUUUGAGCGUCGCGGCACCAUCACCAUCAAGGGUAAUGUGGAGAUCGAGACCUACUGGCUGAAGGGCAAAAGAGACAAGGAUGGCAAUGCCCAGGCCGCCUGCCCUCAGUUUGAGACCCAGACCAUCAGCAAGGCCACCAUCUCCUCAGACCCCCCCGUCAGCGAGGAAGUGGUGGUGUUCCCCUCUGCCGCUGGAGAGGAGGAGGAUGAUGUGAAGUCUAUCCGCUCGCACCGCAUAAAACUGGAGGCAUCUGGCAACUCCCUGGAGGAGUCCAUGGAAGAGUGCAGGGUGGAGGAGAUGUCUAUGAGCAAGUCUCAUUACAAAGAUGCGCUGCAGGAUGGCAGUACACAGGACCCCCGCAUCGAGCUGGAGUCUCCCGAUUUCGACGGCAGGGAUUCCAUCAUGGCGUCUCCCGAUGGCUCCUGUGACUCCUGCAGCUCUGAGAAGAGUGCCAUGUGUUGUGUGUCGUAAGAGCUUUGACAAAGUACACACAUGCACAUCCCACCUCACUGCAGCCAGACGCUGGACAAAUAAAACAUACUCAGGACAUUUCUCAGCAUUUAACUCAACACUUAUGGUGUCGGAUUUGACGGCCACUCAAUACAGGAGCUGCAGCACAAUGUAUUAAACAGAUGUAGAGGUUAGACCUGGCCCUGAUGUUUUUCUCACCUGAUGUCAUAUCACCUGAGCAGAGCUCAA